AUGUCGAAAGCCGUCGUGAAGACGACCUUUGAGGCGUCGCGGACGCUUCGCCCCAUAUACACCGGAGGAAGCACUGCGCUGGAUGCCAGUGGCCGUUUGUUGGCCGCAUGUGUCGGCGAGGAGGUCCUUAUUGUGGAUCUUGAGUCUGGCGACCAGCUUGCCAGUCUGGAGGGGGAUGGAGAAAUCGUCACCAGUCUAGCCAUCACUCCCUCGGCCUCUCAUGUCAUUACCUGCUCGCGAUCCAUGUCGAUGCGGAUCUACGCCCUCACACCUCUCGACGAAUCUUCGCAAAUUGAAGCGACGCUUGUCAGAUCCCUCAAACCUCAUACCGCACCUGUCGUUACCACUGCAGUUGACGCUACCGGGUCAUUGUUGGCAACCGGAGCAGCAGACGGAUCCGUCAAAGUCUGGGAUAUCCGGGGAGGGUUUGCGACGCACACAUUCCACGGUCACGGAGGCGUUGUAUCCGCUUUGUGCUUCUUUGAAGUCCCUACGAGCGAUAGCGACAACAAGUCUACUUCCAAGAAGAAGAAGUCCAAGAAGGCCGCCGAUUCCGAUGACGAAGACAUGGAGGACGCCGCCGCCGGCUCGCCUACUGGAUUCCGUCUUGCUUCCGGAAGUGAGGAGGGUAGAGUGCGCAUCUGGGAUCUGAACAAGAGAAAGUCUCUCGCCAAUCUCGAGUCCCAUGUUUCCGUUGUGCGGGGCCUGUCAUAUUCGCCUUCGGAAAAUGCCCUACUGUCGGCCAGCCGUGACAAGACUGUGAUUGUCUGGGAUGUGCGCACAUGGAAGACACGCAGAAUCAUCCCUGUUCUGGAGAGUGUCGAAGCUGCAUCUUUUGUUACAGACAGCGGGCUGUGCAUGAUCGGUGGAGAGAAUGGUAGGCUCCGUGUGUGGGACUGCAAUCGAGGAAGCGAAGUCACUCAGGAGCAGGAACCUGCAUCGGAGUUCGAAGCCGUGGUUGCCAUUCAGUAUACUCCUGGCAUGCGUUUUGUGAUGACCGUUCAUGCCGAUCAGACUAUCCGCUUUCACUCUCUGAAAUCCUUGUCCGACUUCAGGCCCGGUUCGACUCUCGAGCCGUUGACUGUUACCAGGCGCAUUUCCGGCAAUGACGAUGAAAUCAUCGAUCUUGCAUACGUUGGACCUGACCGAUCCAUGCUGGCCCUGGCCACAAACACUGAAAGCAUCAGAGUGGUGUCGGUAGGCCCGUCUGAAGACCGGCCAUCAGUCGAUGGGGAGGAGUACUUCGGCGCGGAUGUCACCCAUCUGGAGGGCCACGAUGACAUUAUCAUCUGUCUUGACGUGGACUGGUCCGGUCACUGGCUGGCAACAGGUGCCAAGGAUAACACAGCACGUUUGUGGCGUCUCGACCCCAAGACGUCGUCUUAUACCUGCUUUGCAAUCUUCACAGGUCACGCCGAAUCGCUCGGAGCUAUUGCUCUUCCACACAUACCACCACCUGUCGGCACUCCUGCCUACAAGGAUCCGCUGAACCACCCACCGUCAUUCAUGCUCACUGGUUCGCAAGACCGCACCAUCAAGCGAUGGGAUACAGCCAAACUCGCCCCGCUCACGUCUUCGAAGCCCCAUUCCGCAAAGGCUUCCUUCACUCGGAAAGCGCACGAAAAGGACAUCAACGCUCUUGACAUCAACCCCACAUCUACCUUGUUUGCGUCCGCCUCGCAGGACCGUACAGUGAAGAUCUGGUCCGCCGAGGACGGCACCACAAUCGGUCUUCUCCGUGGUCACAAGAGAGGUGUUUGGUCUGUUCGCUUCUCGCCCAAGGACACACCCAUCCUCAACACCGAUAACCGCACGAGCACCAACCGCGGUUUGGUCCUUACCGGGUCCGGAGACAAGACCGUCAAGAUCUGGAGUUUGGCAGACUACAGCUGUCUGUUGACUUUCGAGGGCCACACCAACAGCGUACUCAAGGUGCUCUGGCUCCCUCCUCCAGAUCUCUCCAAGAAAGACGAAGAGGAUGACGAGGACGACCACGCACAAAAAUCCGGCAACACCGCUGCCGCACAGGCCCGUCCCCUCGUCGCAUCAGCCGCCGCCGACGGUCUGGUCAAGGUGUGGUCCCCCUACACCGGCGAGCUCGAAACCACCCUCGACAACCACACAGACCGCGUCUGGGCCCUCACCAGCCCUACCCCCUCCGGCUCCCGCGCAGACACCAAGCCCUCCGAUAACAAAACCAUCAACACCACCACCUCCCCCUACGCCCUCGCCUCCGGCUCCGCAGAUGCAACAGUAACUGUCUGGACAGACACCACCUCCGCCACCUACACGGCCUCCGUAAACGCCAACUCCCUCCACGUCGAACAAGACCAACAACUCCAGAACUACAUUCGCGCCGGCGCCUACCGCGAAGCUAUCACCCUCGCCCUCCAACUCAACCACCCUGGCCGUCUCCUGUCUCUCUUCAACGAGGCCGUCGACGCCGCUGACGACCCCUACGCUACCCAGGAAAACCGCGACGCUCGCGAGAAUAGUCUAACGGGUGACCCCUCUAUCGACGAGGUUCUGCAGACGCUCGACCCGUCGAAUCUGCGGACUCUCCUCCUUCGUUUGAGGGAUUGGAACACCAACGCGCGGACAGCGCGUAUUUCCCAGCGGAUUCUCUUCGCGCUGUUCCGCUCGUACCCCGCAUCGACGUUCGUUGAGCUCGCAAAGUCGAGUAUGGCGAAGCGCGGUGAUAGGGCUACCGCGGCGGGCAUGGAGGAUAUCCUGCAGGCGUUGGCCGCGUACACGGAACGGCAUUAUCGCCGGGUCGAGGAGUUGGCGGAUGAUAGUUAUUUGGUGGAGUGGGUUUUGGGAGAGAUGGAUGGGGGUGUUGGGUUGGGGGGACUUGGGGAGCCUGGGUCUGGGGUUAAUGGGGGGGAGAAGGAUGUGCUUAUGCUUGGGGCAUGA